CGGAGCCUGAGUUGGUCCCAAAGCGGAAGUGCUUCUCCGGCGCUAGUUCUCGUAACUGUCUCCUUUGCACCGAGCAGAAAAUCUGUUGUCGAGAAAGAGGUUGAGGGAGCGAGUGCUCAGUCUUCACACAUCUCUUAUUUUUUCCCAAGAAGAGGAGGGAAUGGCCGAACCCCAGUUACAGGGACUCAUGACAUUUGAGGAUGUGGCUGUGGAUUUUACCCAGGAGGAAUGGCAGUACCUGAACCCUCCACAGAGAACCCUGUACAGAGACGUGAUGCUGGAGACCUACAGCAACCUGGUCUCUGUAGGGUAUCAUGUUACCAAACCAGAUCUUAUCCUCAAAUUGGAGGUGGAAGAGCAAUGCCUGCCAGAAGGAAAAAUUCCAAUUUGGAGCUUUCCAGAUAUGGGACCACAGACUUGGAGAAGGAACUGCCUGUAUGGAGGGCCAAUAAGUUACAAUUGGAUUUUCAACUGUGCAGAGGAAGAAGCCUUCCAGGUUGAUGAACAGAUUGAGAGACAGCAUCAGGAUGACCAAGAUAAAUAUCUGAUGCAAGUUGGAUUCCCUGACAAGAAAACGAUUACCAGUAAGAGAGGCCUUGACUAUAAUGAACUUGGAAACAUACUUUAUCUGAGUACAAACCUUUUUGCUUCAAUACAAAGGCCCCAUAAAUAUGAAUCAUUUGGAUAUAAUAUGGUUGAUAAUUUAGACUUAUAUAGUAGAAGUUCUGUGGGAAAGAAAUAUGAUAAUGGAUGUGCAAAAUUAUUCUUCCAUACUGAGUAUGAGAAAACAACUCCCAGAGUGAAACCUUAUGGAUAUAAAGAGUGUGGGAAGACCCUCAGGCAAAAGAAGGGUCUUAGUCUACAUCAGAGAAUUAAAAAUGGAGAGAAACCCUUUGAAUGUACUGCCUGUAGGAAAACUUUCAGCAAGAAGUCACACCUCAUUGUACAUUGGAGAACUCAUACAGGAGAGAAACCCUUUGGAUGUACAGAAUGUGGAAAAGCUUUUAGCCAAAAAUCUCAGCUCAUUAUACACCUGAGAACUCAUACAGGAGAGCGACCCUUUGAGUGUCCAGAAUGUGGAAAAGCUUUCAGAGAAAAAUCUACUGUCAUUAUACAUUACAGGACUCAUACAGGAGAGAAACCUUAUGAAUGUAAUGAAUGUGGAAAAGCCUUCACUCAGAAGUCAAACCUCAUUGUCCAUCAGAAAACCCACACAGGAGAAAAAACUUAUGAAUGCACCAAAUGUGGGGAAUCUUUCAUACAGAAACUUGAUCUAAUUAUACAUCAUAGUACUCAUACAGGAAAGAAACCCCAUGAAUGUAAUGAGUGUAAGAAAACUUUCAGUGAUAAGUCAACUCUCAUUAUACACCAGCGAACUCAUACGGGAGAGAAACCUCAUAAAUGUAUGGAAUGUGGGAAGUCUUUCAACGAGAAGUCAACCCUCAUUGUACAUCAGCGAACUCAUACAGGGGAGAAACCCUAUGAAUGUGAUGUGUGUGGGAAAACCUUCACCCAAAAGUCAAACCUUGGUGUUCAUCAAAGAACUCAUUCAGGAGAGAAACCCUUUGAAUGUAAUGAAUGUGAGAAAGCAUUCUCUCAGAAAUCCUAUCUCAUGCUACACCAGAGAGGUCAUACAGGAGAGAAGCCCUAUGAAUGCAAUGAAUGUGAAAAAGCAUUUUCCCAGAAAUCUUAUCUCAUUAUACAUCAAAGAACACAUACAGAAGAAAAACCUUAUAAAUGCAAUGAAUGUGGCAAAGCCUUCAGAGAAAAGUCGAAGCUUAUUAUACAUCAGCGAAUUCAUACAGGAGAGAAACCCUAUGAAUGUCCUGUAUGUUGGAAAGCUUUCAGCCAGAAGUCACAGCUCAUAAUACAUCAGCGAACACACACAGGAGAGAAACCCUAUGCAUGCACUGAGUGUGGCAAAGCCUUCAGAGAAAAAUCAACAUUCACUGUUCAUCAGAGAACUCAUACUGGAGAGAAACCCUAUAAGUGUACAGAAUGUGGGAAAGCCUUUACUCAAAAAUCAAAUCUUAUUGUACAUCAGAGAACGCAUACAGGAAAGAAAGCCCAUGGGAAAGGCCAUUCUUGGAAGUCCAAGCUCAUUGCACAUUAGAGAGUUGAUGGUGCAUUUGUGUUCAUUGAAGGACAUUUUUGUCAGUUUAAUUAAACAUUUAAAAAGUAUAUUCUGACUGCUGGUUUAAAUAUAAGGAGUAAAGUCAGCCUUUUUUUUUUUCUUUUCAUCUCAGUCUUCACCCAGAAGCUACAAGGAGAAAAGGAAGGACUUUGUAUCUGACAAAUUAGGAAAUAGCUGAAAACAGAUGAGAGGGCUGCCAGAGGCAGAGGAAAUCAAGCACCAGUGCAAGGAGAUUUCAAAGGCUAGAGAGGAGUGGUCAAGGGAUAGCACUGGUAAGGACUCUUAGCCAAGUUUUAGUCUGUACUCUAAGUGUAAGAUCAUAUAGAUACAUAACAGUGGUAACAGAGCAUGGGCAGGUGGGAUGUUUCCUCAACCCAUAUGGAAGUCUCAGGAGAGACAGGCAGGGGCCUCAACAAGGAAGUACUCAGACAAGCCAUAUUUGCAGAAAGUAGUCUAUACUUGUGAGAGGAGCAGUUGGUAGGGGUUAGGGAAAUAGAAGGGAGUGUUCUUGUGAAGAACCCAACAGCUGGCCCCUCUUUACUGACUCUGGAGAAGUCUGAAAGAACUACCAAA